AUGCAGGAUCCCUCCGGUUGGUUAGAUGCAAGACACUUUGAAAAGGCGCUCGCCCAGCACACGGCCGAUCGUGAUCUGCAAGUCGAAGAUGUGCAGCUUGCGCUUCACUCGGACCCCAGCCAGCAGUACGCCAGCACGAUCUACCGGGCGCGAGUGUGCUAUCGUAGCCGCGGCAAGUCCGAAACGGCCAAGUUGAUCGUGAAACUGGUGGCCUCGAAGGUGCACAGUCUGGCCAACGAGUCGCCGUACGAAACCGAGCUGGGCGUGUAUCGGGACGCCAUCGCCCCGAUGGAGGCUGCGCUAAGUAAAUCCGGCAGCACCGGCAAGUUUGGACCACGACUGAUUUUUGCCGCCAGCGAACCGAGGCCGCACUUGAUAUUGGAAGACUUAACCAACCAGCAGUACGUGGCGGGUUCCGGCUUGCUCGCCGCCGACACUGCGGUCCUAGUGCUGACCAAGUUGGCACAGUUUCACGCUGCGUCCUUCAGCCAGCAGCAAGCCAGCAUGCGCAAACCGACCGACAAACAGCAGAACGAAUUGUUCAAGCCGAAAACACUGGAGGGAAUGAAUUUUCUGGUCGAAUGCUUUGGUAUCUUCAUCGAGCAGCUGUCGGCCUGGGAAGGGUACGCGCACUACGCCAAACGCUUCCACAGCCUCCGCGAAACGUUUUUCGAGUGGGGCAUCCAGAUCUACAACGCCCAGGAUGCCGAGUACCGCUUCAAGGUGCUCAAUCACGGCGACUUUCACUACAGCAACGUGCUGUUGAAACUGAACUCGGGUGACGCGCCGAACGAUGUGUUGUUCGUCGACUAUCAGCUCAGCUGCUGGACAACGGUGGCCGUCGAUUUGCUGUACUUCCUGUACCUCGUGUGCGAUCACGAGACACGCCAAACGAAACGCCAGCAGCUGUUGCAGCUGUACCAUCGCGAGUUUUCGGAAACACUGGCCACGCUAGGGUUUAUGGGCAAAGCUCCGACGCUGCUCGAUCUGAACAUGGAUCUGGUUCGUGCCGGGUUUUUGGAGGUAGUGCUGGUGGUUUGCUUUGUGCCGUUCCUGUUCGCCGACUACGGGCACGCGGUCAGCGUGUACGGGACGGAUGAGACGGAUGCCCACGCUUACCGGCGCAAACUGUACAACCAUCCGGAGUACCGGGUGCUGCUUCGGGAGCUGCUACCACGCUUCCUUCACCAAGGGUUCUUAGAGUAG